CCCAUGCUAGGCAAGCACUUUACCGCUGAGCCACAACCUCAACCCCUCUUUAUUUUUUCUUGUAGGUGAUGCAGAUGUAGCAAUUUGUCUUUCACUCUGGAAGGGAUAUUAAAACAUGUUCCAGACCACUGAACCUCAGAAAUGUCACUGCUAGUACCAAUUCUAUAUCGGUCUGUGUCCAAUCAGGAGAAAGAAACCAUAGAGUAAUAUGAACUGAAAAAGUUUAAUAGAAGAUUUUUUACUGUAUCAGGAGAUUAGAAUAAUGAGGAAUUGGUCAGUAAAAGAAAUGAGAACUCUAAGCAAUAUAGGAAUGGUGGUGCAAGGAGCAGCUGCCUCCUAAUAACUGAAUACUUCAACUUCUCCUAUUAUAGUGAUAAUUAUAAUUAAAGAAAUGGUCCAUUCCUUUGUGUCCACCCAUUUCUAGAAGUUAAGGUCCUUGAGGUCAGGAACCAUAUGUCUUGUUCUUCAUCACAUCUCCAGUGCUAAGGGGGAAAGGCCUAGCACCCCACAGGCUCUUAACAUCUGCAAAUGAAUACAGCACUGUAGCAGCCUCCAAGAGAAUUAGCCCUGUUUCCUGCCCCUUUUGCCACACCCAACCAAAGAAAUCAACACACACCUGAAUGCAUUCUUCCAAUUUAGAGAAGCUGGUUAAUGGCUGCUGGAGAGCAGUCAGUGCGGGCUGUGUGUGGCCUUAAAGGAAAGGCAAGAGCCAUGCCCAGCUUUCUGGACUGUCAGCUCUGGUUCUUAAUCCUGGAGCCCAGAACUAAGUAAUAAUCCCAGUCUCGCACUGCUCCUGAUUUCUACAGACACACGCGAACUCCCGCAAACCCCUGGGACUCGCUUGUGGAAUGUCACAGGUGAAAGUGGGAUUCCCAUCAAAGGCUUCUCUCCCGACCUUAGAAAAAAACAGGAACCUGGCGCCAGCUGGGGCAUAUGCGGUGGGCUCUAGAGAGAAGGCGGAGGUCGAGGCCCCAUGCGGAGGCCAGAGGAUGGCAGACCUGCUGCAGGAGCGCACCGCCCAGCUGCUGACCGACUACCUGGAGUACUGUGCCCGGGAGCCGGGCACCCCCGAGCCGCCGCCGUCCACUCCCGAGGCCGCUGUGCUGCGCUCCGCGGCGGCCCGGUUACAACAGCAAUACGAGCCCUUCUUCUCCCUUUACCGCGGGUAUCCUGGUAACCGCGUCGAGCUGGUGGCACAGAUGGCAGAGGCUGUUCUUUCCGACAACCAGGCCCUCAACUGGGGUCGUGUGAUGAUGCUUGUGACCUUCGCAGGGACGUUGCUGGAGAGAAAGCCGCAGGACACCCACGAGCUGCACACGUGGGACCAAGCUGCCCUGGACAGUCAGCGUCUCGUGGACUUGCUCUGUGCUCAGCUCGUGGGGCAGCACCGCGCCUGGCUGGAGGCUCAAGGCGGCUGGGAUGGCUUUUGUGACUUCUUUAGGACACCCUUGCCACUAACGUUUUGGAGAAAUCUUCUGGUCCAGAUUUUUAUGUCGUGCCUUUUAGCAACUAUCUUCAUCUAUUUCUGCACACGAUUUUAUCGAUUUUAUCGUACUUCCUAACAUUUUUAACCCAUUUUUAUCUGUUAACCAUGACCAGCUAAGUGACAAUUUCAGAUAAGAAGACAAGAACUCAGGAAAACUUCCUCCCAGAGACAUUUUUACCCCCAUGCUACAGGGAGUCCUGCGGUUCAGCCAAUGUUUCCGCUCAUGUUCAGCCAAUGUUUCAGCAUAUACUUAGGUGUGAGGACUAAGCCACAGAGGCUCUUUUCUGAGUGGGGGAAGUAGGGAGUCUAAAGGCUCUUUGCUCCAAAGAACUGCAGAAGAAACUGCAUUCCAUUAACUGAGAAAUGUGCUCUUGGCUGCAUUAGGAUGAAUGAAUAGAAACCUCUCCUGUCCAUCCACCAUUUCUGCUGCUAACUCACCUUGGCUGUGGUUCCAGGGCAAAAUGAUCCUCAGAGAAAUCUAAGUCCCAUGCAACAAGGAAUGUGAUAUUAAUCCUUUUAUAAGGAAUUCUUUGAAACCUAAAUCCUUUGAUAUCUACUUCCUGGGACAUCUAGGUUUAUAGAGCUAAUAUUGGUUUUUUUCUCUGAC